GAAAGAAAUAAGCCAGAGCACCGUUCUUCAAGCCAAGGACCCUUGUCGUCCAUUCGAGCGGUCAUCAAGAGAUCUUCUCGGACUGCUAUUCAGAAUGAGCUGCAUCGAGAUAGAAGGCGCCCAGAGAUCACCAUUGUGGCAGCUGAGCCUCUGAGGCCCCCCUCGUGGUUCCCGGGGGGCCCACCCCCAGCAUUGGGAUUUCCACCACCUUCUUCGGGUGGCCCGUGGAGGCCCAGCGAGCUGAUCCCUGCUGAGCUUCCACCUUCUUAUGAGCAAGUCAUAAAAGAGAUCAACCAGGUUCAAGUGAACACAACAAAUAAUAAUAAUGCCACUGCCCUUCCCAGGCUCACGAUCACAUCCGCAACUCAGACGGACUUUUCAGAAGAAAUAGACAACCAUCUGCCUCAAAGUAAUACACCAGCACUACAGUCACCCCUGAAGCCUUCCCCCGCAGUUUCAACAAAUGCGGCGCCUCUGAUCGUCUUUGAUACUCCUGAGGAGCAGCCUUGUCCAGAAGCCCUCAGUGCCCCAAGAUGUCCAGUGCCAAGGCCAAGAUCAAAAGGCAACCUCAGGCCAGUCGCCAGAAAUACUCACAUUAAAGAGCAAGGUCCCCAGAAAACUAGUGACCGGGCCACAGACGGGGACCCACCGCCAAUCCAGCCUCAGUCCCUGGUAGAUGAUAACAACUUGGACAGCCAGGUGGCGAUGAACAUUAUGAACACAGAAAGAAGCCAAAAUAGCAUUGUCUCAAGAGUCAAAGCAUUUGAGGGUCAGCUAAAUACAGACACCUCAGGACUGCCGAAGAAACCAGAGAUUGUGCCCCGCACAGUCCCCCCACGGCCUGUGGUUUCCUCGGGGAAACCCGCAGUGGCUCCCAAGCCAGCUGCCAACAGAGCUUCUGGGGAAUGGGACUCCUGGACAGAAAACAGACUCAAAGCGGCCCCCCGGGAAGGAUCCGUCCCACACACCCCACCUCAAGAAGCAGGCAGCAUCCCACUGACCAAACCUGAAUUGCCAAAGAAACCCAACCCUGGCCUUACUCGAAGCGCCAAUCCUGAGCUUCUCAGGGUGGGGACCACAGCCGAGGGCUCGGACGGUGGGAAGAAAGCCCCAACGCCUGCCCCCCGGCCUUUGUUGCCGAAGAAAUCUGUUUCCUUGGAAAAUGCCACCUGCCUUUCACCGAAACCAUCCACUGUCCCUCCCCGGCUCUCAGCGGCUUCACAAGCCAAAGCCUUCAAGACCCUGGGAGAAGGGCCUCCUGUUGCACCCCUCAGUCCACUUUCACAAAGCAAGUCUCUGGGGGACAUCGAUCUUAUCAGCUUUGACGAUGACGUGUUACCCAGCCCGUUGGGGAACCUGGCUGAAGAACCUAGCGGUUCAGAGAUGGUUCUGGAUCCCUUUCAGCUCCCCACAAAAAGAGAGCCAACAAAGGAACUGGUGGUUCAACCUGCACCCACCCGGAAGCCCACUGUGAUUCGAAUCCCAGCCAGGCCAGGAAAAUGUUUAGUUGAAGACCCACAAAGCCCACCGCCUCUCCCUGCUGAAAAGCCCAUUGGAAACACUAACAGUCCAGCGUCGGGGAAGCUCAGUGAUGUUGACAGAACCAGACACUUGGAGUCUGAGCAUGCCGGGCAAGCAGGAGGUUCCGCGCGAGGGCCCCCCAGGUUGCCACCAAGACCGGUAGAUGGAAAAGUCAUCGCAGCUCGACAAGGUCCCCCCAGGGAGCCCCCUCAGAGACCACCUCCCCCGAAGCUUUCUGCAGCCAGAACAUCAUGUAAAAAACUGCCUCUCAACCGAUCCUCGUCUGACAUGGAUCUUCAGAAAAAACAAAGUCACUUGGCAUCUGCACUCUCAAAAGCCAAGAGUCAAGUCUUAAAAACUCAAGAUCCGGUGCUACCCCCUCGCCCUAAGCCAGGACACCCCCUCUACAGGAAGUACAUGCUGUCUGUGCCUCCCGGAAUGGCCAAUGAAGACAUAGUGGAGGAAAACUCCAGAGAACUCUCUUGCAAGCGAGAGGACAUCCUUGUGAUGCCGAAGCAGGAGGAAAAUCAUUACCUGGAAUGCCAAAAGGGAGCAGACGCUGGCCGCGUUCACCUGUCUCAGCCGAAGAUGCCCACCCCACGUGAUGCACAUCUUCAGAACCGACCAAAAGAUCCAAGCCACUCUCCGAAGCCUGCUGACCGAAGUGCCCCUCACGCCGUGGUUCUUCAUGACUUCCCAGCAGAGCAAGCGGAUGACUUGAACCUCAUUUCUGGAGAAAUCGUUUACCUUCUGGACAAAGUAGAUGCAGAUUGGUACAGAGGGAGAUGUAGAAACCAGACCGGUCUGUUUCCUGCCAACUACGUCAAAGUGAUUAUUGAUAUUCCGGAAGGAAGAAAUGGGAACAGAGGAUCGGUUUCAUCUCAUGGUGUUAAAGGCGCAAGAUGUGUUGCUCGGUUUGAAUAUAUCGGGGACCGCAAGGAUGAGCUGAGUUUCUCCGAGGGCGAAAUGAUCCUCCUUACCGAGUCCGUGAAUGAGGAAUGGGCCCGGGGCGAGCUUCGAGGCAAAACUGGGAUUUUCCCCGUGGAUUUUGUGGAACAAGUGGAGGCCCAGCCCCCCGCAGGCACGGGUGCUGUCGGUGAGUAUGCUUGGGAAGGAAGCACCUACCUGCUGGCAUCGCGUCCUAGUUCCAGGAAGCCGAAGACUAGGGUAACACUGCCUCAGAAUUCUACGGUUCAUAAGGUAGACAGAAGCAUGAUUGUCUUUCUAUGUGAAUUUGGUCAUCUUAUCAGGGAUUCUGGCUCGAGUUCCCAGGAUGCUGGCCUUUCGGGAGAAUGGUGUGAAGCUCUUCACAGCUUUAUUGCAGAGACCAGUGAGGACUUGGCCUUCAAAAGGGGAGACCGGAUCCUGGUCCUGGGGCGUUUGGACUCCAACUGGUACCGGGGCCGACUGCAGGACAGGGAAGGGACCUUCCCCGCCGUUUUUGUGCGUCCCUGCCCAGGCGGGACACCUGUAGGAAGUGGAGCUUCCUCCCCAAGAGCAGCCGAGGUGAAAAAUCUGCCUGCCGGGUCACUGAAGGGGAAGAAGGCCAAAGCCUUGUUCGAUUUCCACGGGGAGAACGAAGAUGAGCUUUCCUUCAAGGCUGGAGAUGUAAUAACAGAGCUGGAAUCCGUGGAUGAGGAGUGGAUGAGUGGAGAACUCCUGGGAAAAUCGGGUAUAUUCCCCAAAAACUAUAUUCAGUUUCUGCAAGUCAGCUCAGGCUGACGCUUCGCUGUUGUUCCUUGGCACAAUAACUCACUUGAACUACCACUUUGACGAUCAGAUUUGUUUUUGCACUAUUUGUUUUUUAACAGAAAGAGGAAAAAAAUAUGCUGUACACGGUGUACUAGAAUCUUCUGAAAGCAGAAAAUGUGUAGUGUGUGUAUUUAGCUUUCGUUCACAGUAGAAAUAUGCACAUGGAAGCCGUGAGCCAAGGAUUGUCCCAAGGAAAACAGCAAGCGAGCGGGAUGGACGCUCAGAUCCCCUGCUCCUCACUGCACUCCACCGCAGACUCACCUGGAGACAUGGCAGCCAGGAGAGGCAUACGCAGAGCAUUGCACCUGGACAUCUAUUCUACUCAGCACACGGAAAUUAACCUUGCUUCUUCCUUUUCUAACUUGCGUUUUACAAAGAGGAUGUUGACAUUCUGCAUGCUGUAACUAUCAGGACAUGGCUGUUGAUCUCAGUGGCAUUUUUUAUAUUCUCAUGAAUUCUAAGAUCGUGAGCGCGUAUCCUGAUGCUCAGGACAAAGCCUUGCUUCCGGAAGGGGUCCCGUAUGGACUAGUCGCAGUGUUUGGAAGCACCUGCUGAAGCUCAGCACAUGUCCACCAGCUCCUCUUCAUGGACCCUGUUUCCCAUUUAUCGGAGGACUGGGGGUGGGGGUGGGCAUCAAAAUUUGGUCUGUUUUACUUAGUCAAAAGGCCCAAAGCCAUCCCUGAAUUGCCUUGCUAAUCCAACUAACCCUCCCACAUGCCCGCCACAUUUAUUUCUCUCCUCGAUGUAUACUUUAUGUUAACAGGGCUCUUGCCACGCACAUCUUCUGAAUCUGCAAUCAUUCCUUUGACAAUUACUGUUACCCCAGUAAUGUAUGAAAGCUGUGUCUUUUUAUAGUAGUGCAUUAUGAAUCGUAUAUAAAAUUUUAGAAUGCAGGAGUCAGGCCAACCCACAGCUCCCUUCUUCCAGUAUAAUCAGAACGAGAAAUCAUUUCAGACGACCUGAAGGCUAGGCCUUUCUUUUCGCUCCUUCUUUUCUUUCCUCUCUCGUUUUUAAACAGUCCGUCCCUGCACAAUUACUAGAGUAAAUUAAAAAACCACUUUCCUGCAACCGUUGUUAUGUACUCCCGGCUUAAAAUAAAAAGUGGUCUUUUCGUGACUGAAUCAAUUACAGUUUAUGGGCUAAAAGCCAAAUAGGUCGAAGACAAUCUUCCACACAAAUCAAUGGAAUAGAAUUUCAUUGGAGACAGAAAACACUCUCCCAACUGCGCUCACGACUUCCUUCUGCUCUUGAGAAGUGUUUCAGGUGCUGGGACCCUUUCGCUUCUGCCGUUGUUCCACUUUCCCAAAAGUGAGACAGCAUCACCAGCUCCACGGCUCCUCCAGGGAGGUCGUGUGUUCUCGGCCUUUGAUGAAAGCUCAGCUCCCAGUUCCAUGGUUACAUUUGGUCUUGACUUGUGAGAGCCCAGUUUUCUUCCUGGCUCAGAUUAAGCUGAUGAGAUAAGGAAGCUCUCACCAAAUUUCACUCCACAGUCGAUUUUCGCCCACAAGAAAUAAAAUCUGCUGUGUAAGUGAAAACAAGAUGGAGGGGUGUGAUUUGGGACAUAAGGUAUGUAUUUUUGUUUGUGUGAUUGUAAUUAAUCCCUUGGAGAUUCUGAACACCUAGCUCUUAGAUGUUGGCCUUCAGACUGAUCAGGGCAAUAGUUGUGAAUCUACUUGACACGAUAAUAAACAGAGCCGUCCUUUUCAAAAGUC